GAUUAGAUUUAGAGACCUAUUUUGGUUUGGUGACUACGAUGCUUCACCUAAAGCCUCCGAGACAACGUUACAUUUCCUUGGAGUUUGGCGUAUCUGCAAAUUGUGUGGUGGACUGGUAUUCUUUCUGCCGCGAAGUGUACUUUCAUCACAUUUCAACGACGUCGAAGAAAAUUGGCGGACCUUUGACAGUUGUUGAAAUUGAUGAGGCUAAAUUUGGAAAGAGAAAGUACAAUCGCGGCAGAAGAAUUCAGGGACAGUGGGUUUUUGGGGGAAUAGAAAGGCAGAGCAGAGAGUCCUUCCUUGUUCCUGUAGAACAACGCGAUAGGGACACUCUGCUCGACUUAAUUAAACAGUGGGUUCUGCCAGGUACCACAAUAUUGUUAGUGACUGUUGGAGGGCCUACAAUUGUCUCGGUGACGAGGGAUUUAGGCACCUAACGGUAAAUCAUUCAAUC